CCUUAGCCCUCACAAUGGAGUCCCCGGUCCAGAUCUUCCGCGGGGAGCCUGGCCCCACCUGCGCCCCAAGUGCUUGCCUACUUCCCAACAGCAGCACCUGGUUCCCUAACUGGGCAGAAUCAGACAGCAAUGGCAGCCUGGGCUCGGAGGACCAACCGCUGGAGACCGCACACAUCUCCCCAGCCAUCCCUGUCAUCAUCACCGCUGUCUACUCUGUGGUGUUCGUGGUGGGCUUGGUGGGCAAUUCGCUGGUCAUGUUUGUCAUCAUUCGAUAUACGAAGAUGAAGACAGCAACAAACAUCUACAUAUUUAACCUGGCCUUGGCAGAUGCCUUGGUUACUACCACCAUGCCCUUCCAGAGUGCUGUCUACUUGAUGAAUUCUUGGCCUUUUGGAGAUGUUCUGUGCAAAAUUGUCAUUUCCAUAGAUUACUACAACAUGUUUACCAGCAUAUUCACCUUGACCAUGAUGAGUGUGGACCGCUAUAUUGCUGUGUGUCACCCCGUGAAGGCUCUGGAUUUCCGCACACCUUUGAAAGCAAAGAUCAUCAACAUCUGCAUUUGGCUCUUGUCAUCAUCGGUUGGCAUAUCAGCAAUAGUCCUUGGAGGCACCAAAGUCAGAGAAGAUGUGGAUGUCAUUGAGUGCUCCUUGCAGUUUCCGGAUGAUGACUACUCCUGGUGGGACCUGUUCAUGAAGAUAUGUGUUUUCAUCUUUGCCUUUGUGAUCCCGGUUCUCAUCAUCAUUGUCUGCUACACCCUGAUGAUCCUGCGCCUGAAGAGUGUCCGGCUCCUCUCUGGCUCCAGAGAGAAGGACCGCAAUCUCCGCAGAAUCACCAAGCUGGUGCUGGUAGUGGUGGCAGUCUUCAUCAUCUGUUGGACCCCCAUUCACAUCUUCAUCCUGGUGGAGGCACUGGGCAGCACCUCCCACAGCACAGCUGCCCUCUCCAGCUAUUACUUCUGUAUUGCCUUGGGUUAUACCAACAGCAGCCUGAAUCCUGUCCUUUAUGCCUUCCUUGAUGAAAACUUCAAGCGCUGCUUUAGGGACUUCUGCUUCCCCAUUAAGAUGCGAAUGGAGCGACAGAGCACCAGCAGAGUUAGAAACACGGUUCAGGAUCCUGCUUCCAUGAGGGAUGUGGAUGGGAUGAAUAAGCCAGUAUGACUAGUCGUGGAGAUGUCUUCCUACAGCUCUCCAGGUAGAGAAGAGUUCAAUGAUCUUGGUUUAACCCAGAUUACCACUGCAGUCUGAAAUGGAAACAUGAGGCGUUUGAUAACACAGACAUGUCACGCUGUGAAGUCUUCAACUGCAGGGCACAUUAGUGAUGUAGC